AGAAUGUUUAUUUUAGGCUUUGAUAAACCAAAAUUGAAUGACAAUGGUGGUGGUGCAUCCAAGGAUAGUUGCAUAUAUCAAGUGGUGAAGGUUGAUCUGCAUUAAACAAAUAAAUAAUUAUAUUAUUAAUUUGUUAGUGGGAAAGGUCAUAUUCAGUCCGAUUCCAUCAUCUCUGUAGCGUUAAAUACUGAAGCUAUCAACGGCCUACAGAAAAAUUCCAAGUAAAUAAAAAAGCUAAACAACAAAAUAUGUCUGCAGAGCAUUUGCUGUUAACCGUUGACGAUGUCGAUGAUCAUAAUCAUGAUGGUGGUGUGAUGAAAUUCCAGAUUCGUGAUUUGAGGAAAGUAUCGGAUGCGGGCGUUCCUAUACUAAACGGUAUCAACGUCGGUAUCCCUAAAGGGAUGAUCGUCGGGAUCAUCGGACCAAGCGGGAGUGGGAAAUCGACGCUGCUUAGAGCUCUGAAUCGCCUGUGGGAGCCUCCAUCCGAUACGGUGUUCCUUGACGGCCGUGAUAUUGUUGACCUUGAUGUACUUGGACUUCGCCGUAAAGUCGGCAUGCUUUUCCAGCUCCCCGUUUUGUUUCAAGGCACUGUUGCAGAUAAUAUUCGAUAUGGACUAAACUUGAUGGGAAAGAAGUUAACUGAUGUUGAAGUUUCCAAGUUGCUAACGCUGGCAGACCUUGAUUCCUCCUUUCUCAGUAAAACUGGUGGUGAAUUAUCUGUUGGUCAAGCUCAAAGAGUUGCACUUGCUCGGACACUUGCUAACGAACCUGAGGUUUUGCUGCUGGAUGAGCCAACAAGUGCCUUGGAUCCGAUUUCGACACAAAACAUAGAGGAUGUGAUAGUGAAGCUUAAGAAGAAAAGGAGAAUGACAGUUGUAAUGGUUUCCCACAGCAUCAAGCAAAUCCAAAGGGUUGCAGAUGUUGUUUGCCUUCUUGUGAAUGGUGAAAUUGUUGAGAUUUUGAAGCCUAGUGAACUCUCUGAAGCCAAGCAUCCCAUGGCACAAAGGUUUCUUCAGCUAAGUUCUUAAUUUACUUUCUAUAAUAGUUGUUAUAUUUCCCUUUUUUUCUUUGUGCUUAGGAUUUGAUGUUAAUUUGGUUUAAACAAUGUUCAGCAUUGCAAGUUUAUUUGUUGUAUCUUGAUGAUCACCUUGAGCUCGGCAUGUCCACUCACCGGGCAGAUAGCUCGCUUGGAAAGGUUUUCUUUGUUUUUUUAAUUUCGAGUCAACCCAACUUGAAUUACUGACUAAAAACGAAUAUAUACCAUUGAGAGAUCUUAUAACUAAAUUAUCAAACCAAAUACAAUCACAACAGACAAACCUUAUUGAAUUUUAUCGAAUUUGAUCGGUAAACCAUCGUGCUUAUGUCGGGUAAGGAUUUUGAUCAUUAUUUGUUCAUCCAUUAAGAAAUAUAUACUAAACAUGCACUGGAAAAUACUUGAUCGAUAGAGGAGAACCAAACCCGCUUACAACCUGGUGCAAACGCGAUAAAGUUGAGAUUGUUAGAAAUAACUUUUAACAUUAUUUUGAAUGGCUGUUAGUUAGAGAAAGAAGAAAAGCAAAGAAAUAAAUAGGAAAGCAAACAGUGCUUAGUCCCAUUAGAAAAGCAUAGGAAAUCAAGCUGUCUCUAUCUCAUAAGAUUAUUAUAUGAUAAUUUAGCAUGUUUUUUAAGCAUGUAAAUGCAUCAAUCCUAACUAAGCCAAAUCCUCACAUUACCGAUUUGUUCUCCUGUCAAACAAGUCAGCUUUACAUGUUUGAAGCUUCGAUUCAUCAGAAGACCCAAUGUUUACUUUCGUACACGGUCCUAAGCCGAUCACUACUACGGUGUUUUCCAACAACAAGAAGCAUCAGCAAGCAGUUAAGCAACUUAAGGUAUAUGUGCUUCAACGAGGAGACAACCCAUUACCAUUGCUUUUAAUACUCUCAUUUUUUUUUUUUUUCUAUUUUUCAUUUUC